AUGCCGUCCGGGCCGCUGUGCGGGACCUCCUCCUCCUCGCAACCUCCGCCAAACUCAUCGGCAUCUUCCUGGGCUGCGCCUGAUGUUGCCCUUCCCUCCCAACCCAAUCCCCCUUUCCUAGCCCAACCCCCACCUGCUCCACCUGCCUCUCCUCCUCCAAAUCCUUACCUCACCCAUCCCCUGGUAACAUUAGGUCGGAUUUCAGUCGACCUGGCCAACCUCCUGACCGAAAUCAAGUAUAACACUGGUAAGGUCAGGAGGAAUGUCACCAAGGCCAGGUUACUGACAGCCCAGGAGAUGUCCGACGUCAUCGAGGAGGCAGAGGACCGAGCUGCGAGGAGGGAAGCACAAGCUCUGGCCAGGGCUGACAGUGAGCAGCAGCGGGCCAAAGACAGGUGCUCGGCAGCCACUUCCUCCACCCUGUCUGGCGGCUCCCGCCCCAGCCGCAGAAGGCAGGUGUCCCUCGGGGUGCCUUCCGCCUCCAGCUCCGGCCUUUCCAUCGCCGGUCCCUCAACCCACUCUGCCCCCUCUUGUGCCUCCCACGGUCCCUGGCUGCCUGCCAGCACAACAUCACUACAGAGCCUGCCUGCGGAGGAACACGGCCACCUUCCUCCACCUGCUGCCUCCAAACCUGCAGACGCCGGACCAUCAUCCAGCUCCUCGUCUGCUGGACCCACGACAUCCACCGCGGUAGUAUACUUCAUGUUAACUUUCUUUGAAUUCCAACCCAUGAAAAUCUGAUCUUUUUUUUUUUGUUCAAAGUUGUUGUUUUCUAUUCUGUGAAUAGGUCACACUCCUGAAGACGUGGAGACAACAGUUUGGGAGUCUGGCCGGUGCAGGGAACCUGACCCUCCCGAAAGCGCGGAGGGAUUGGUGUCGUGGGUCCAGUGUGA